GACCACAGUGUAGAGAAGGUGUGUUUUCAUUCUCAAAUGUAAAGGAUUAUUUUGGCACUGUAUCUUAUCAUUCAAAGAUGUUUGCCUAUUUCGAUGUAACAUUGAGUUAAAACUACAGUGUAUUUUUUUAUGGGAUAUUUAAAAAUAAGAAACUUACAAAAAUGCCAGAAAGCUUCUGUGGAAAUUCUGUUUUCUGGAACAUAAGCUUGUUGACAGAGAAUAGUUAUCCAGAGUUCAGCAGAUGUUUUCAGCAAACUGCCUUGACCUUCAUCCCAUGUGGUUGGCUCUGGCUGACUGCCCCUAUCUACAUACUCUACCUCAAAAAACACUCCCAGUUCCUGGUACUGCCCAGAACAUGGCGGUCAAUUAUACGUUUGGUACUGGCCUUUACAUUGGCACUAGUCAGUGGUUUCCACAUGCUUGUCCCCCUUGAAAAUGAAGGAAAUGAUGACAGUUAUCCCCCUUCAUUUUAUGUAUCACAAUCUGUCUGGUCAGCGUCUUACCUUUUUGUGAGUGUCAUAAUGAUUCUGUCUCAGAGGUCUGGUGUGCCAUCACCAUGUGUUGUCUUCAUUUUCUGGGCCUUAAGUUUAGUUAGUUACAUCAUUCCUACCUACACUCUGGCCAUUCAAGAGGUCUACGCAGAAAACUUCUCUCAUUUUGCUCUAGUCACGACAACAUUUGCUUUAAUUGUGUGUGAGUUUCUUAUGCAGUGUUUAGGCGACACUCAAGUGUAUCUGACAGAGCCAGUCACUAAUGGGGUACCGUGCCCAAUGUUCAGAUCAUCUUUUGUGUCUCGGAUAACAUUUUCUUGGGUGUUCAGAUUGGUGUACACAGGCUAUAAAAAGACAGUUGUUCUAGCCGACAUAUUCGAUGUUCCUAUCCUGAUGCAAUGCCGCCACAAUGUCCCAGAUUUCAUGGAGGCAUGGCUAAAAGAGCUCAAACGAACAAGACCACCCAAAAAAAAAAAAUUGGAUUUAUCUUUUGCCUAUAAAAAUGGCUCUGGAGGUCUAAUAAAGAAUGGGAAAACCAAGCGUGAUGAGCUGAAUGAAAGAAGCAAACUCUUGCCAGAGAAAUCGAGCAGUGAGGAAAAACCCAAGGGAGAGAAGCCUUCACUGUACAUGGUGUUGGCUAAAGUUUUUUACUUGCCCUUGUUUAAAGCUCAAAUAGUUGGCCUUAUUGGGGAUUUAACAGUAUUUCUCAAUCCCUUACUACUAGAUCAGAUCAUUGCUUAUGUUGAGAACAAGUCCCAGUACCCUGUGUGGCAAGGCUAUGUCUUGGCUUGCUCCUUCUUCGCCAUCUCAUUCCUGAGCUCCCUUAUGAACAACUAUCGCUUCUAUCACUGCAACAACAUCGGCAUGGAAGUGAAAACUGUCUUGACUGCUGCUGUAUACAAGAAGUCAUUGACAAUGAAUGCAGACUCCAGAAGAAAGUUCACUGUUGGAACAAUAGUAAACUUGAUGGCCGUCGACUGUCCCAGGUUUCAAGACUUGACCACGCAGCUUUUUGUGUUGAUCUCCUGGCCGAUCCAGAUCUCCAUAGCUUUCUAUAUGCUGUAUGAGACGCUUGGCAUAGCAUUCAUUGCAGGCAUUGUAGUUUUAUCUCUGUUGAUCCCCACCAAUACCAAGCUGUCCACCAUAUCCAGACGAGCUCAAGCUAAACAAAUUAUUUACAAAGAUCAACGAAUCAAACUGUUCAAUGAGAUUCUGAAUGGAGUCAAGGUGUUGAAACUCUAUGCUUGGGAAGAAUCCUUCAGGAACAAAAUCCUGGGUUUCAGACAUCAAGAAAUUAUUCAGUUGAGAAAAGCAGCCAUUUAUCAAUCUGUUCAAACUUUGUGUUGGCUCUUGGCUCCGAUAUUGGUCACAGCAUGUACGUUUAUUGCUUAUGUUCUGAUCACUGACAACUCCCUCACUCCCAGCAAAGCAUUUGUGGCCAUGAACUUGUUCAACACAAUACGUCAACCAAUGAACACGCUGCCUAUGUUGAUCUCUCAAAUGAUCCUGUGUCAUGUCUCUAUGGAGAGACUCAGAGAGUAUUUAUCUGGGGAGGACCUGGAAGAGAAGAAGUCACCUGGAAGCUCUAAGGAAUUUCCCAUUGUGAUGAAGAAUUGCACUUACAGCUGGGACAGAUCAAUGCCACCAGUUUUAAAAAAUAUAUCAGUCAAAAUUCCGCAAGGCCAACUGGUCGCUGUAGUUGGCCAGGUAGGAGUAGGGAAGUCAUCUUUGUUAUCAGCAUUUCUUGGAGAGAUGGAAACAGAUGAAGGCCUGUGUAGUGUACAGGGAUCAAUUGCUUAUGUCCCCCAACAAGCCUGGAUUCAGAACAUGACCCUCAGAGCCAAUGUACUUUUUGAGAAACCAAUGGAUAAGAAAUAUUACCAAAAAGUUAUUCAUGCUUGUGCCCUUGAACCAGAUAUUGAACUUUUACCUGGUGGAGAAUUAACAGAAAUUGGAGAAAAAGGCAUUAAUUUGUCAGGGGGUCAGAAGCAAAGAAUUAGUCUCGCUCGAGCUGUUUACCAUAAGGCAGAUAUUUACUUGUUAGACGAUCCGCUCAGUGCCGUGGAUGCUCACGUUGGGAAACACAUUUUUGAAAAAGUUCUCGGCCCUAAAGGAGUGAUCCGAAAAAAAACAAGAAUUCUCGUGACUCAUGGCAUUCAUUGGUUGCCAUUGGUGGACUCAAUCAUAGUCAUGGAUCAAGGGCAGAUAACGGAGUCUGGGACCUACCAAGAGUUAAUGAGUCAUGAUGGGCCAUUUGCCAACUUUGUUAGGACUUACUUAAUGGAACAUGAGGAUGAAGAGCUAAAUGACCCAGAGGUUCAGAAGUUAAAAGAACAAAUGAUAGAACAAGUUUCAGCUGUAACUUCAGAUGAAGAACAUACGUCUGUUCGACUUAGAAGAUCUAUGUCAGAGCAAAAAGAGCGACAGAUUUCCAGAAGUACUUCUAUGAAGUUAACUCAAAGUUCUGUUCGAUCUGGCACAGAAAGCAAUCUUGUGAAGAAACCCAAUGCUGGUGGAGCAAGAGGUGGCCAUCAGCUGAUUGAGGAGGAGAGAACUGAGAAAGGAAAGGUGAGGAUGGCUGUGUUUGUCACUCUCUUGAAAGCCUUUGGCUACAUCUCAGCAGCCAUGGUGCCUGUCACUUUGAUUCUCUACAAUGGCUUCAAUAUUUGGACAGGUAUUUGGCUGUCUGACUGGACAGAUGAUCCUUUCCUUAGAAAUGACAGCAAUAUUGGAACUGAAGAUUACACUUCCAAGACUUACUAUUACCUGGGUAUAUACUCAGCCAUGACUUUAGCACAAGUUAUUACUAAUGCUGGAUUUAUUUUGCUCAUUUAUGUUCAAUUCGUCAAUGCCUCUCGUCGCCUCCAUAACUCCAUGCUAGACACAAUCCUGCAUCAGCCCAUGUCUUUCUUUGAUACAACACCACUAGGAAGAAUUCUAAACAGGUUUUCUCGAGAUGUGGAUGUACUCGACAGCAACUUAUCUCGCCAGCUCAGGAUGGUCUUACAAACGUUUUCAUCCAUUUUGGGAAUUGUCAUUGUCAUUUCUUACACCACUCCAAUCUUCUUGGCUGUUGUCGCUCCAAUCUUUGUCAUUUAUGUCUUGUUCCAAAAAUUUUACAUUCCUUCAUCGCGUCAGUUCAGACGCCUGGAGUCCACAACCAGGUCACCCAUCUUUUCUCAUUUCUCGGAAACUCUGAGUGGAGCCAGCAGUAUCAGAGCUUACAAUGUUUGCGAUCGAUUUUUCCAGGACUCUCAAAAUCAGGUCGACGUCAACAAUAAAUGUUUCUUUGCCUCAGGUUCUGCUGCUCGGUGGUUAAGAAUAAGACUUGAAAUUCUUGGCAACAUGAUCGUCUUGUUUGCUGGAUUGUUUGCCGUGAUUUCUGAUGAUGUUACAGGAAGCUUGGUCGGCCUGUCUAUAACAUAUGCAUUGCAGGUGACUGUGGCAUUGAAUCUGCUGGUACAGAACACCACUCAACUUGAAACCAACACAGUUUCUGUUGAGCGAAUGGUAGAAUACUCCAAUCUAGACAGAGAGCCUGAUUGGAUCAAUCCAGACAGCCGACCACCAGCUAACUGGCCUAGCCACGGUCAGAUUGUGUUUGAUAACUACAGUACUAGGUACCGGGCUCAGUUGGACUUGGUCUUGAAGAAUGUUUCUUUCACAGUCAAGGCAGGAGAGAAGAUAGGAAUUGUUGGCCGUACUGGAGCAGGCAAAUCUUCAUUGUCCUUGGCACUUUUUAGACUCAUCGAAUCUGCUGGUGGACGCAUUCUUGUGGAUAAUGUAGAUAUCAGCAGCAUAGGUCUGCAUGACUUGAGGUCCAAGCUAACCAUUUUACCUCAGGAUCCAGUUUUGUUUUCUGGGACAAUGCGGUUUAAUCUGGAUCCAUUUGACACUCACUCUGAUGAAGCCAUUUGGCAGGCUCUUAAGAAUGCCCACCUGAGCGACUUUGUCAGAGAAUUACCUGGCCAGCUGGAGUAUGUAUGUGAAGAGGGAGGUCAGAAUCUCAGUGUUGGGCAGAGACAGCUGGUAUGUCUGGCCCGCAGCCUGUUAAGGAAGACCAAAGUAUUAAUUUUGGAUGAAGCAACAGCUGCUGUGGAUUUGGAAACUGACUUUCUACUACAGAAUACCAUUAGGGAAGCUUUCAAGGACUGCACUGUUCUGACGGUGGCUCACCGCCUUAAGACUGUCAUUGAUUACGACAAAAUUCUGGUUCUGUCUAAUGGAGAAAUUAUGGAGUAUGGAAGUCCCUCAGAGCUGCUCCAAAACAAAGAAGGAAUGUUUUACAGUAUGGCUAAAGAGUCUAACAUUGUUUAGUGAGUCUUCACACAGAAGUCUGCAAAGCUGAUCCUGUGUACAUGUGAUGUAGACUUUGUUGAACCAGUCAUAUAUCUUCUCAAAUUGUCUUUCACAAAGGGUGCAGGGAGUGCAAACAUUAAUAUAUCUUAGUAGUCAGGUUUGACUAUACAUAUCACUUUUUGUUAUUUAGAAGAAUAUGCAAGUUUUAAACCAUUUUCUUCAUUGAAUUUCAGCAAGUCUUCCUAUGGAAAGACGGAUUUUUUAAAAUCUAAUAAUGUGAUACAUUGUGUGUGUGGUAUACUGAGAAAGAGGCUGUGGUGAACUAUUUAUUAUAGUGAACACUGCAGAGAUGUCAUGAGUCUGGCAGCUUUUCACAGAGCAUUUAUUUAGCUGUUUAGUCACUCUAGAUCAUUAAUUUGCUUUGGUUAAUAAAUUUCAAAAGCAACUUCACUGUAUAUUAAAAAAAAAAGAUACAUAUUCAGACUUGUAAAAGUUACAAAGCCCUUGCCACAGAAAUAGUGUCAAAACUUUUAUAAACAUGCCCCAUUAUUCUAAUCUACAGACUUGUUGGGGGUCUUUGUUUGCUUUCAACUUAAAGUAUUUAAGAAAAUAUAUUUAUGAACUGUAGAUUAGAAGAGUGAUAGAUUGCCACUUUAUUCUUUACUUCAGAUAUCAAGUUGUUCUGUAUGGAAUCAUUAUUUUAUUUUUUAAAUUGUUUUUUUUUUUUAAUCAUUUCUGAUAUGGCUUUUCUUUUUGGUGUAAAGAGAUUAAUAAUGGCAUCCCCAUGUAGCUAGUCUAAUUGCUUACAUUAUCAAGUCUAUCUGGAAAUGUUGAUUCAUCUAAGUGUAAAUAUGCAGUAACCAUUAAUAACCAGUUGAAAUGCAACCCUCUUUUAUUAUUGAACUGCUGUCUUGUACUGUACUCAAUCAGACUAUUGGUGUAAUGAUAUUAACAAAGAAAAACUUAACUAUUAACUGUUAUAUUCUCUCUCAUAUGGCUUGUCUAUUUAAAUAUUUAUAAUUAUUCAGUAUUAUACUUGUAAAAACAUGAUUUACAAUUGUUGGUGUAAAAAUGUUAUAUUUUUGUAAAUCAGCUUCAUAAAUUUUUAUUUUAUAAAAUGUAUUUUUUUAUAACUUUUACACUAAACAAAAACAAAUGUUUAAUAUAUCUUAUGUUUUAUGCUCCCAAUGUUCUUACCAGUGAUCAAAUAAAUGCAGCUAUUAAAGUA